GUUAUUAUUUUAAACGUAAAGUUGGAUACCCUGUCCCCUUAAUAUUCACCAUCACCGUUCUCUUCUGAAAGAGUGUGAGCGGUAAAAAGUCCGGUAAGAAACCAUGUCGGACCGAGACAUUCUGGGCGAAGUAAGAUAUGAUGUAGUGGAAGAAGAAGUAGAGGAGAAUACAGGUGUGGAUGGUAUCACAGAACAAGUCCUACGGCGCCCAGAUGUGUUGGCUGCUUUACAAGGGCGUUUGCAUGCAGAAAUGCUGGAGCAAUUGCCUGCCCCUGUGAAGCGUAGAAUCAAAGCUCUUAAGAAAAUUCAACUAGAAGCAACUAACAUAGAAGCCAAAUUCUACGAAGAAGUUCAUUUAUUGGAAUGCAAAUAUCAUAAGCUGUAUACACCGCUCUAUGAAAAGAGAGGAGAAGUAAUCUCAGGCGUGUAUGAACCAACAGAUCUGGAAUGUGAAUGGGAGUCUGAUGAUGAAAAGGAGGAAGAUCUUAGUGCUGACAUGAAAAAUAAAGUUAGGAUUGAAGAAGUGGAUGCUGACAAGAAGCAGGAGAACGAGAUUAACAAGAAUGAAGAAACAAAAGGCAUCCCUAACUUCUGGUUGACUAUCUUCAAAAACGUACAGAUGUUGUCUGAGAUGGUUCAAGAACAUGACGAGCCGAUCCUCAAACAUCUGUUUGAUAUUAAAGUAAUAUUACUGGAAUCCAAUCCCAUGGGCUUUGUUUUGGAGUUCCAUUUUUCUCCAAACGAAUACUUCUCAAAUUCAGUACUCACAAAGGAGUAUGAAAUGAAAUGUGCACCUGAGGAAAAUAAUCAAUUUAGUUUCGAGGGACCUGAGAUCUACAAAUGCAAAGGCUGCAUCAUUGAUUGGAAGAAGGGGAAAAAUGUAACCGUGAAAACGAUCAAGAAGAAGCAGAAGCAUAAGUCAAGAGGAUCAGUUAGAACUGUAACAAAAACUGUUCAGAAUGACUCUUUUUUCAAUUUCUUCUCACCUCCACCUAUUCCAGACGAUCCUGAGGUGGAAAUGGAGGAGGAUGCGCGUGCACUGCUGACAAGUGAUUUUGAAAUCGGCCAUUACAUCAGAGAGCGAAUUGUACCACGUGCCAUUCUAUACUUCACAGGAGAAGCCUUGGAAGAUGAAGAUUUUGAAGAAGAGGAAGAGGGUGAAGAAGGAGAGGAGGAGGAUGACGAGGAUCCAGAAUUUAAUCCGGGAAACAAGCGUGCAGCAGCAGCUGCUAAGAACGUCAACCCAGCUGACUGUAAACAGCAGUAAACAAAUUGUCCAGACUGAAACCACAACUCACACUCCUGUUUGGCUUGCCUGUGACAUUUUUGAUUUGUGUUUUAUAUGAAAUCUUGUAUGGUGAAUUGUCAGGAGGCUCACAUCACUUUGCCAAAAUACCACUCAUGAUGGUCUUGUUAUUCGUUUGUUUCAAACUUUUUGGUUACAGUUUCUGCAAUAGAUACAGUAUUUGUUGUGUAAGAGAUAGAGUUCAUUGCUACUUGCAGUUUUUGGGUACUGUUAAUAAAGAUAUGACUUUAUACAACUGGACAAUAAUUUCAUAGAAACCUAAUUGUGUCUAGUGUUGUUAAGUAUGGAAACAUGAAGCCUUCAUUUGUUUAGUAAAGACUGGAUGCUUGCAGUUAUUUCUCUCAGUUUUAUAUGAAUAUAAGAGUUGUGUUAUACAGAAUUUUGUAGCAGUAAAAUUGUUUUGUGUUUA